AUGAUAGAAUCAAAGUGGACAAUCGAAGCUUACUGCGGUGCGCAGAGGCCGUCGAAUUGGUCCACUUUUCCGACAUCCUCCCUGAGCUUUUUGAAUCAGUUGAAUUUGUCUGCGACGCAUCCAUUUUGCGGCCCAGAGGCCCCACAACCGUACGAGAUUCCCGGGGUGCCAUCCCAAGGUCCCUUGUUAACCAAUGAUCAUUUGGAGUCCUUCUGGGAUGUUGUUUUGACCAUCGCUGCCAAAGGAGUCCCGAGUCUGAUUGCAAUUGGAGAACUUUGGUUACGUCUCUUCAGCUCCAUUUUGGCUCCCGUCGGUUUGACUCAUUUACUGUACACAAGUAUCAAGGGGAUAUCGGAUCAAGAUUCCAAAACAGCUACACGUCCCCAGAGAAUCUUCCUUUCUAUAACAUGCCUCCUGUCGGUAGCGUCAUCGAUCGUUCUCUUUACCGAUACCUUGUAUGUGCUCGAAUACGGACCCUUCUACGGUGGGUCGAUGCUGAUCAUGUUAUUACUCCUGUCCGUGAAUGUGUCCGUACGCUAUCGACUACGACAAACAAUGAUUGGCAAGUUUUGUUUGAUACUCCUAGCGCUAUUCCUUGUAUACGAUUAUGAGACUGGUGCGUUUACCUUCGGGGAUUCCGCGGAACGCUGUGAAAUAGCGGAAGGUCUUUACUACAACCAAGAAAAUGAAUUCAUCAACAAAUUGGUUGAACACUGGCCUCUGUCGCAACGUGACGGCCGGACGGGCCUCCCUUUUCUUUUGAACUUGGUUCGUGACUUUUCGUACACACGUGUUUGGCUUCCUCUGGAUGAUGGCGAGGUGGCGGCCUUGGAUAUUGGGUUUCCAGAAGCAGGCCACGAUGUCACAAAACCUCUCUAUCUUAUUCUACAUGGGCUCAACGGUGGUUCUCAGGAAGGCUACGUCCAAGACUUCACGUGGCGGCGCACUGGAGAGGGAUCGACGGUAGUGGUCAUGAUUGCACGCGGACUCGGCGAUUUGCCUAUUCGGGGAUGGGAUGUCUUUCACGGCGCCCGCUUUUCCGACGCCCAUACUGCGGCACUAAGACUUCGACAAACGCUCGUUGGAGACCAGUAUAUUCCAUGGAAUUGCGCGCUCGAUUCGGCAGUUGCGAUUUCGGGAGGUCUCGAUAUGCGCUUUGAGGCUGUUUACUACCGAGCUGAGCGACUUUGGCAACCCAUGCUAGCACAGACUCUACGAGACGAUUUCGCGGUCGGAAAAUGGGGCGAGCGAUUUCGCGCCAGAUUGACAAAAGACCAAAUGAAAAAUCUUAUGAGGGCGGCACACGUUUCAGAGCUUGGCAAAAGUGCGGCUGUGGCGUACAAUGGCUUUCGGGACUUGGAUCACUAUUACUCCGAAAUGUCUGCGUUAGGGGAUAUCCCUAUUGAGGAGUACAGUGGUCCAUCGCUAGAGCCACAGAGAAGAAUCCAAAGCUUGUCGAUUCCUCUUUUGGUCAUUCAUGCACUGGACGAUCCGCUGGUAACGUUUCGGACUGUAGGCGCCAAUCAUGGUCUCAUGCAUCCAACAAACCUUACCAAAACAGGAACUGGAAAUUUGCUAUUGUUAUUGACCAAAGGUGGGGGGCACGUGGGAUGGCCGCUUGGUUGGUUCUUUUUUCUUAAUACUUGGAAGUGGAUGAACGAUGCCGCGAUGAGCUUCACCAACGCAGUGGACCAUUCCCGAAAGGAAGGUUGA